UUAAAAAAACAUAAUUUUUUUUCAAUAAUAGUUUAAUUUUUCGUUUAAGUACUUGAAAAUUAAGUUAUUGAGACCUUUUGGCUUCUCCAUAUGUACAUUGUCGCCCCUUUAAAGAUAGACACUGGUAGAAAAGGAUAGAAGAGUAAGAAUAUGGUGGCUUGAAAUUCAGUAGAAGAAGAACAGCCGUACUGGCGGUACUUAUUAAGAACGGAGGUACACAAAAGUUCCGGUUUGUUUGUGAAAAACUAUGGAUUAUAUGUAUAGUGCGAUAAAAGUCGUGAUUUGUUUGUUUUUGUGAUAAAAGUUGGCCCAAAUAAUUAAAUGGAAGCCCUAGAAAUGAGCUUUAAGCGAAGCCCCAGCAAAGUAUGGUGGGGCAGCGAAAGUCUGGAGUUCAGGGAAGUCUCCGCCAGUCCUGGAAGUCAAGAUUCUGGAUUUUCUGAUACGGAAACAAGUCCUCGCAACUCAGAGAGAAACAGGGCAAAAAACAGUUCAAAACACAAUUUAAAGGAAGUUAUUGAAGAAGGAAAAGAAGAAAAUAAUAAUGAUUUAACGCCUAAAAGUUCAGGCAACCAGGAAAUUACAAAAAAUAUUUUUAAAGAUCGAGAUAACACAAACUCAAAAACGAAUUUGAAUUUGUCGAGCAACUAUCAGGAGAAACUGACUCCGGUGAAGAGAUGUAUCGACGAAAGGUUGACAAAAAGCGAAGGAAAAUCGUCUCCUCACUUUCUGAAGAAGUUCUCUGUGGUGAAUGGUGGUGCUACUGACCCUAUGCGAAAACAGAGAUACGGAAAGUAUUCACCCAAAGUAAGCAGGAACCUCUUCGCUUCGUCGAAAAAUACCCAAGAAUGUCCCGACAACUACUCUAAUCAGUAUUCAAAGCUCACACAAUCCAGCAAGCCGCGCUCACGCGAAGAAACAAAUGAAGACGAAAAAGAAGACAGUCGCGCGUCCGAUCGGUCGCUUGCUUGUGACACCAGCAGCGAGAUUUCGGGCACCAAAUCCCUACCCAUUAUCAGGAACGGUCCGGGAUCGAUCAGGAGAUCCAGGAAAUCGAACAAAACCGCCCCGGCUUGCUUGGAUUCCUCCCUGAGCACGGAAGAAAGUGAAGCGGUGACGUCGUUUAACACGAGUGAGUGCGAUAGUGAGUUGGAGGAGUUGUUCGGGAGGUUGGAGGGUCCAGGACAUACCUCCACGCCGAAGGGUGAUAUUAGGGGGUCGUUGGAUAGUAUGCGUAGACGGGGACAGAAAGCAAGGUUACAGCAGAGGUUGAAACUUAGAUAUCAGGAUAAUGAAAGGGUACCGCCGGUUCACACCGACGGGGUAACGGUCGAUAACGAGGCGGUACUGCGCUGGUUGCAGGAAGCCAGGUACUCCAUCGAGCAGGAGUGCACCACCAUGCUGCAAUGCAAGUCCAUAGCGGCUGAGCUGGGCGAGAAAGUCAGCCAUCUAGCUGCGUGCGCCACCACCAUUUUGAGGGGGUUGCUGUCGGAAGCUAGGUGCAUUGAACAGGAUUACAGGAACUUGAAAACGGAUACGCAGCCUCUUAUUUCCUCGAUCCAGAACCUUGCCAGAAAUAUCCUAGACUUCUACAAGUCGCACACCGGCCUAGUCAACUCCAAAACCUUACAAAUCUACGAAAAAAUCAACAAAUCCAGUCUGGAAGAGGCAUUGGCGAAUUUGGAGUUGUUCUACGUCGAAUGGGAAAGCACCAGGACACAGAUUUUGAUAAAGGAAAUUAAGAAACUAGUUGAAAAACUCGAAGAUCCCACUUCUGAUACGGAUCUUCGGGCAAGUUUGACAGGUGUCACCUCUGUCUCCUUGAGGAAUACGGAUCUGAUAGAACAUUUUGUUAAGGCUGAUAUUAUACCGAUUCUUCUGAUACUCUGCGAAAAAUGCGACGGUUCCUCUAUGAGGACUCUGAUUCUGCGAGCUUUGAGCACCAUGUGCUGCAACUCCACGGCAGUUCGGCUAUUUGAGAAAUUCUCCGGAGUCCAGAUCAUCGCCGAUACUCUGGAAGAAGACUCAAGGCCGGAGCCCGAAAGAAGCGAAGCUGUAGCUCUUCUGGCUCAAGUCACAGCUCCAUGGUUGGAAGACAACCAUUCGGUACAAGGAUUGCAGGAUUAUUCCAAAAAACUAGUCCAGUCUCUGACAAAAUUCGCAGCAGAUACAAAAUGUUGCCAGAAUCUACUCCUAUGCGCUGCAGCUUUGGCGAAUCUCAGUUCCAUGGACGCCAAGUGUAUCAAGUUCUUGGUACAGUUCAGAACAGCUCCAGUCCUGUUAUCUGCUGUCAAAAACAGGGGGCCUAUGGUUAGUGUGUACCUGCUGGAACAAGUAGCAACUCUGCUAGCUAAUAUGGCAGCUGUAGAAGAUGUUAGAAGACAACUAAUAGAUGCUGAUGCUGUAAUUGCGUUAUUGCAUUUCUUAAAACAACCAAGAAUCAACCAAAACGAAGACGUUGAACGUCGUUUACAACAAAAAGGUGUGAUUGCCCUAUCCAGGUUAUGUGGGGACAAAAAAGGUUCUAAUCAAGUAGUGGAAAAUGACGGACUCAGACUAUUGGUACAAUUGUGCAGGGAAAAGCAAGAAAGAUUCAAUAGCGACGCUGUUUUAGUUGCUGCUUUGGCUACUUUGAGAAAAAUUGCUGAAGCUUGUGGAACAGAGAUGCUGAACGAACAAGACUGCCAGGAGUUGGUUGAACCAAAACUUCUAGACUCAUUUCUAGCAUAUUCUGCCCAAAAUGAAAGCUAUGUAUGAAGAAAUAUGCUUAAAAAUAUAUUUAUAUGUUAAAAGAUUGUGUUCAAAUAUAUAUUUAUCAAUAAUUAUCUAUACUGUUAAAUAAAAAUACAAUAUUAAAA